UCUAGCCCACAAGAGCAAACAAGAUAUAAUUCUCUUUUUUCUUCCCCUCUCUCUCUCUCUCUCUCCUCUCUGAAAUGGCGAGUUCAGACCCUACUAGUCUCGUCGGCUCCAUGGACGAAAUACGAAGAAUAUUCAACAAGUUCGACAAAAACGGCGACGGAAAGAUCUCAUCUUCUGAGGUUAUAGAUAGCUUGGGUGAGCUCGGCACCAAAAUAUCAACCGAGGAGGUUCAGUGCAUGAUGCAGGAGUUUGACAAGGACGGCGACGGCCACAUUGACCUUGACGAGUUUGUCGACUUCAUCCAGCACGGCGGAAUGGACGGCGGCGCCGAUGGAACAACGCAGAACGGCGGGAAUAAGGAGCUGAAGGACGCUUUUGAUCUGUACGACAUUGACAAGAAUGGGUUGAUUUCGGCUCGUGAAUUGCACAAAGUUAUGAAGAUGCUUGGACUUAAGUGCACGUUGGGCGAUUGUACUAAGAUGAUUCGCCAGGUGGACCAAGAUGGCGACGGCAACGUGAAUUUCGAGGAGUUUAAGAAGAUGAUGAGUAACGGGUUAGUGUAGAAUUAAACAACGGUUACUUGGUUUAAUUUGCAAGUGUAAAUGGGCUUUAGUUUGGACCGUUUCAUCGUAGUUUCAUUUCAUUAUUUCUGCCUGGGAAAACAGCUAGCAGAAAUAAAUAGUAUUGGAAGUAGGAGUAGGAAAAUACUUGGUUUCCAUAACUGUUGACACUAUUUACCAUAAAUUAAUCUCGAAAUCUCUAGCA